AUGUUGUAUAGAAACAUUCUUUCUGGCCUGUGGUUCGGCCUUAGUGUUUCGGCAGCACCGACUACUUCGGCUCGCUCUGUCGAUUCACUUCUCCCACUGUCUACGAAAGGGAGAGACAUCCUCGAUAGCAAUGGGGAUGUUUUCCACUUCAAAGCAACGAAUUGGCCGGGGCACCAAGAGGCAAUGAUACCGGAAGGACUUCAACAUGCUUCAAUUGAGCAGAUUGUGUCCUGGUUCCCAAAGUUCGGGCUAAAUUCUGUUCGAUUGUGUUUCGCAAUCGAGAUGGUAGACGACAUCCUUAGUAACAAUACAAAUCAAACAUUGGAGAAAAGCAUUCUGAAUGCCCUUGGAGAAGCCAACGGAACAAUAGUCCUAGACCAAAUCCUUGAAAAGAAUCCACAAUUCACCAAAUCGACUACGAGGUUGGAAAUCUGGGAUGCAGUCGCUCAAGAGUUGACGAAACAGAAUGUGAUUAUCCAUCUUGACAAUCAUGUUUCGAAAGCAUUCUGGUGCUGCGGCGAGAAUGAUGGCAAUGGCUGGUUUGGGGAGAAGUACUUCGAUGUUGAGAAAUGGAAGAGAGGGUUAGCAUGGAUGGCGGAACAUGCCAAGCAGAAUUGGCCAACGUUCUCUUCAAUCGGUCUGCGCAAUGAGCUGCGCAACGCUCAGAACGCAGAGCCCGUCGAUUGGUACACUUGGUACGUUCAUAUGACCGCAGCAGCGGAAGCAGUCCAUGAGGCCAACCAAGACGCCUUGGUAUUCUUCUCGGGACUCUCUUACGACACCUACAUUGACCCCAUUCCAUUGGGCAAAACCUUGAAUGGAACCAGUGGCACUGCAACCGAGGGCAAGACUGCAGUCUUUAAUCCGGAUGACUUUGCUUGGAAAGACAAAAUUGUCCUCGAGAUUCACAAGUACGAUUUUGAAGCAACUCAAGACAAUUGUGAUACGUUCAAAUCCAAAUGGUACUCGAAGGGAUUCCAAGCACUUGACGCGUCAAACCCGCAGACCAAGCACCUCUUUCCGCUCGUUUUGUCGGAAUGGGGCUUCAUUCAGAACGGAACGUAUUGGAAACAGACAACAUACAACAACUGCACAAUUGAGAUGGUUGAGGAUUGGCAAGUCAGUUGGAUGCAUUGGGAGCUUUCAGGCAGCUUCUACCUCCAGACCAGGCCCAACAGGACGCCUAAUACUAUCCAAGGCUUGGAGGAAUUCUGGGGUUUGGUGAAUUAUGACUGGUCUGCCGUGCGGUCUCCCAUUACGGUCGAGAACAGUCUGAACAAGAUGAUUGCAGCUCUAGAUGCUUGA